CAGACCAUGAUUCGUCUGCUAGUCAAACGUGAAGUGAUGCCAGCAUUUUGCAAACCUGUGGAAGGGGAGCUCUCUUGUGAUAAGGAAUAUUCUGAAGGCAGUCCAGCUACAGAUGUGGAGCAGAUGAGUUCCUCUUCUCCUGUCCUUCCUAUGAACUCCAUGGGUAAUGACCGGGUUGAUCAGCGAACCUGCCUUAUCUGCGGAGACAGAGCUACAGGUCUGCACUACGGGAUCAUCUCCUGCGAGGGCUGCAAGGGGUUUUUCAAAAGGAGCAUUUGCAACAAGCGGGUUUACAGAUGCAGCCGGGACAAGAACUGCGUCAUGUCGCGCAAACAGCGGAACAGAUGCCAGUACUGCCGGCUGCUCAAAUGCCUCCAGAUGGGCAUGAACCGCAAAGCAAUCAGAGAGGAUGGCAUGCCAGGAGGCAGAAACAAAAGUAUUGGACCUGUCCAGAUAUCAGAGGAAGAGAUUGAAAGAAUCAUGUCUGGACAAGAAUUUGAGGGAGAAGCAAAUAUGUCAUGGAGCAACAACGGAGACAGUGACCAUAGUUCCCCUGGAAAUGGAGUUUCUGAGAGCAACCAGCCUUCGCCUGUGUCUACUCCAUCUUCAAGUAGGUCCGUGGAACUGAAUGGAUUCGCUGCACUCAGGGAUCAGUAUAUUGGGACGCCGGUGUCCACGCACUAUCAGUACCUCCCGCACCUUUUUAGCUAUUCUGCUCACUCGGCUCUGAUGCCCCCACAAACGCGCAGUCUGGACCCCCAGUCGCAUAGUCUGAUCAAUCAGCUGGUGUCAGCUGAGGACUUGGAGCCGCUUGGCACUCCAAUGCUUAUUGAAGACGGGUAUAAAGUGACUCAGGCAGAGCUGUUUGCAUUGUUGUGUCGGCUGGCGGAUGAAUUGCUUUUCAGGCAGAUUGCUUGGAUCAAGAAGCUGCCGUUCUUCUGUGAACUCUCGAUCAAGGACUAUACUUGCCUGCUGAGCUCCACGUGGCAGGAGCUGAUUCUGCUCUCCUCGCUGACGGUUUACAGCAAGCAGAUCUUCGGUGACCUUGCUGAUGUCACCUCCAAGUACUCCCCCUCCGACGACGAGCUGCACAGAUUCAGUGAAGAGGGGAUGGAGGUGAUGGAACGGUUGAUCUACCUCUUUCGCAAGUUUAACCAGUUGAAGGUCAGCAAUGAGGAGUACGCCUGUAUGAAAGCCAUUAACUUCCUAAAUCAAGACAUUAGGGGUCUGACUAACGCGUCCCAACUGGAGCAGUUGAAUAAGCGGUAUUGGUAUGUGUGCCAGGAUUUCACAGAGUACAAAUACCCACAUCAGCCAAACCGUUUUCCGGAUUUAAUGAUGUGUUUGCCAGAGAUACGAUACAUUGCAGGAAAAAUGGUGAAUGUCCCCUUGGAGCAGCUGCCUCUUCUUUUUAAGGCCGUUCUACAUUCCUGCAAGACUAGCGUGAGCAAAGAGUGAGCCCCAGGUGCCCCCGGCCCGUGCCUUACUCUGGUGCCUCAGGCAGGGAACUGGCUCACGCGGAGAGAAAGGGGGAAAACAUGAUCAAGGCAGUGGGAAAUUGCUGAGACAGGGCAGUGGGUGCCCCUGCUGUUGUAGCAAGAAUCUUUUUUGUUUGUUUUUGUUUUUUUACUCUUUUUCCUAUAUAUUUAUUUCACGACAGAGUUGAAUGUAUGAUCUUCAACACAAUGCACAUGGUUCUGUAGGAAUGCAGCAGAUGCAUUCUCUAGCAGUUUACAGAAUGUGAAGAUGUUUAAUGUUACAGUGUUUGUUAGGGUUAGUUCUUUUGUAUUUUUGGGGCUGGGGACUGAGAUGACUAAGACUACCUCAAGGAGAAGAUGCUGUUUGCGCACUGCUCUCUCCAUGAUUUGUAUCCAAAAGCAUUUGUCAUAGAGAGCAAACCGCCUCACUUCACUGGCAGAGCUGUUAGCAUCCCUAAUGGACAAUUUUGGAGAAGUGGGUGUUAGAGAAGUGCCAAGCUUUUUCGAUUAAAAAACAAAACAAAAAACAGGGAAUGGAGAAGGAGGAAAAGUCUAUCUAGCCAGUAUGUUUCUUUUCCUUUGUCAGUUUUCAGAUGCAGAGGGUAACACGUGUGAUUCCCUUGAAUUCUGACAUAGAAGAAUUGUAGCCUUGCAAAGCUGAGAAGGGCUCCCAAGCCCCAUUCCCGUCCCGGGGGCCGCAGGAGUGUCUCCUGCCCCCCCAGGCCCAGCCUCACCGGCUGAUCGCCGUUGUUGCUGCAGAGCCUUUCCGCCAGCUGAACGUGCGACGUGGCAGUUCAGAGCAGGCCUGACAGCCCAGCAGCAGGGUUCCCUUGUUGGUAGAAACAAAGUGGACUGCAAUUAAUUUCUAAUCGGUUCCUUAACAUCCGUUUUGGGUUCACAAAAGCAGAAAAAAACCUACGUAGAGAAGAGGCAGAAUUGUCCCUUUCAGUAUAUUUCCCCCAAGAUGAUACCUGACUGCUGAGGAGAAUUCUGCAUUGCAGCAAUCCCAAGCAGCCCAUUGCUGGGAACAGUUAAUUUACCCUGUGGUUAAAUGUAACAUGUGUAACUGUGAUAAGGGACUCCAGUAUCCUCCGUCAUGGCUUUCUCUGCUGGACUCGGGGAAUGCAUGAUUCAUAGUCGUAUCCCACCAGGAUGUAUUACUGCCUCGUGGAAUCCCUUUUCACCAGGAAAAACUGGUAUUAGCACAAUGCUUAGUAAACUGUUUAUCCUAGGUGUUACAAGACUUGGAUUUUCCACCUAGCAACUCCACACCAUCACACUGCACGGAGAAAUGGUUUAAUGACUACUGGUUAGCUGUCUGAGUAAUUGCUCAGCGCUGGUGUUUAUCUAAACGUGGGUGUUCUCAUACUCUCCUGCUAGUUGUGGUGGUGAUAAAUGAAAUACUCUUAUCUCCUCCAUUAAGAAUUAACUUCCAAAGACUCAGUCAUUCUCCUAGACAGCUAUGUUGCCCUCGCUGAAUUUUCUUCCCUGCAUCCUCAGUAGUGACUCUGAUCUUUAUGUAGCGAGGUAGGGCUAAUCAAGAAAUUUUUGAAUGCUGUUUUUUAAACUACCUCGGGAAGCAAGUUCUGUUCCUCCAGGGCAGGAGGAAUCAGUCAUUACCUUUUGUCUUGUCCCACUUAACGGCUGUGUAUGGCACAGAGUAGGUAUUCCCCAGAAGUUCUGAAGCUGCUGUUAGAUCAAAAUGAACGUGGUGGUGAACAGGAGAAAAAUGUCAUUCACCUCACUCUUUUUUCCUUCCCCCGUGUUACCUGCACACCGGAGCGUACUCAUUCGGUAGCAACCCAAGAGACGUUGCGUCCCACUAGCUUGGCACAUCUCUAGGUUAGUCAACAGUUAUUCUGUGUACCAAGUGCUGCCCGCUCCUCUCUGCGGGAGAUCUUGAUGGCUCCUUUCAAACUUACCCUUAAUGACACGCUGUUGACUAACUAUAUAGACCCAAGGCAGCAUUGCGUUCUUUGUAAUUCUGCUUGGGAAUCUUCCAGCUUGAUGGUUUCCCUUUUCUAAAAGUCCACUAGCUGCUCAUUUUUUCGUUGUUUAAAUAGGAUGUUACGGGUAACAGCUGCUGGGACCAGCAGCAGUUCAGUUUGAUAUAGCUUCACAAAUGCAAAGUUAGUUCCGUAAACCUCAUUUACUUUCUGACUGUAAAUUGAGACGAGCACAUAUUUCUCAGGAAAGCCUUCUGCAUACAGUGUAUACCUCAAGGUGUAAAUGGGAAGACUUUAGUAUAUCUGUUUGUAAGUUAGAAAGUAUUUCUCAGCUUUUAACUUUAAUUUUCAAAUAGCUUCAUAUGAUCUUUUUAUUACGGGUUAUCUUCUGGCUUGCUGUUUUAUACACUCAAGGAAAUGUUAACUUACAUAGGAGUAAUAUUAUUCUACAAUUACUGAAUUAUUAUAAUCUGUUGAUGAGUAAGAGUUUGUGUUAAUUAGUGUACAUAAAAGUGGUCAUCUUAUUGCCAAAUACCCAACAAAAAUCAUCUAUAAGGUACUCUGUAUUUAGCCAAAAUAAGACUCCCAAGAGUAAUGCUGUACCAACAACAACAAAAAAAAUACCUAAACUUUGUGAUGAUGAAUGGACAGGAAUGUUCUACUUUCUAUUGUAUAAACCAAGUUUGAUAAAGGGUGAUUGGCAGCAGUGUCCAUUUACAAAUAACCGAUGUAUUGUAGGGAGUAGAAAAGCUUUGCUAAGCUUACAGGUAAAGAAGAAGCUAAUAUACCAAACCAGAAUCUAACUCACUGGACAGUCGUUAUUAAUAUCUUCUGCACCAAGUCCUCUGAUGACUUGUAUUUUUUAAACAGGGUAAAGUGAAUGUGUUGCAUUGCAAACUCAGGUAUUAUGAGAAGGUAGGAGCGUAGCUAGAAACGUAGAGACAUUAGGUCAGUCGCUAGAUGUAUUUGUGAAUUUGGUUUGAAGGACACCCUGGAAAGGUUGGAAUUUUUGUUCCAUUCUUCACAUAACAUUCAGUUUACAGGGACUCAUAUUUUAUUUGUGCUUAAUGCUAGUAGGGGGAAGUUCAUUAUCUUUGGUAUCUAUCUGCUGUUGCUUAUCUGACCUUCUGUCAUAGAGGAAUCAAUCAACAAUAAUAGUCUUUGGUAGAAUUUUCUGCCAUGACAAGUCAAUUUUUAUCCCCGAUUUGAAAGAUGAAUUGGCUGGCUGACCCCCUCCUCUCCUUCAUGGUAUUUGUGCACAUAGAAAGCUGAAGAGUUACUUUUAAUCUGAACAGAGAUUUGGGACAUAAAUUUGAAGUGCUCUGGCUCACAUAUCCAGCGGAACUCUGCCUAGGAAUCUUGCUUGCGGUUUUACAGCUUGAAGCACAUCAUCCAGCGUAGGGAACAUAGCAGAGCUUCCUGCUGCCAGCUGACGGCGAUGGGGCUUAGCUCGAGUGGUGAGACCCCAGGCGUCUGAAGGAAAACUCUUUGAAGUCAGCUGCUUGCCUUUGGGUCGGGCUUCUCUCGCCUGAACUGAGGCUUGACUCCAUUGACUCAGUAGUAAGUUCUUCUCUUUCACGUGUCCCAGCCCCUGGAGAGGGCUGUGGGAUGGCUGGAUGCUACCAGGAUGCUCAGAGAUGCCAGUUCUCUCUCUGAACUGAUGGGUGCUGGAUUUGGCAAAAUCGAUGCAGCAGGAGCUAACUUUACAGACAGAUGCAACACACCUUGGUGACAGGGUGCUUUGUCUCCUCUGACUGCAAUUUUAUCUUUCUUUCUUCUCAUUUUGAAUAACAUGGUGCUCUCAGAUCCCUGGCUGGACCUAGUUGGCUGGUAGGGGUAUCGUAUUUGAUUAUAUAUAUGGAAAGGGACGUAUAAUCUUUAUUGCAAGUUUCACGUGCACGUUUGCCGCUCUCCGAAUGGUAACAAAGCUGGUUGCUGUCAUCCUUCUCCUCUCACGCCUGUUAGCUCAGGGUGCUGCUCAGAGCUGUUGCGUGCUCUGGGUAAGCAGAGUGGAGCUUUGGAUUUUUCUAUGUAUCUUAAGUUCUGAGCUCUUCCAGCCUACAGUCACGUCACGAUAAAGACUAAAGCGGAAAGGGAAAUCAUUGGUUUUCCAAACACGUUGGUCAGAUUGCCGAGUGGGGAAGAAAGAAACAUGGAAAACCCUCUUCUGUUAGGUGAAAACAAGUUGCCAGUUGCAGCGUUACAGGGUUUUCUGGAGCGUAGAGGAUUUUUCUGGCUCCCUAGAGAGAGCAGGUUUUCUCCGAGUCUGCUAGCUAGUGCUCUGAUAAGACCAGUUCCCCAGGAACAGUUUUUUUCCUAGGCGUCUCGUAUUGCUUGAAAGAGCCUAGAAGCGCAAAGAGUGCUACGAAAGCGAGCAGGAAUUUUCAGGAAUGCUGAUGUUUCGGGAGGGCUCCUCUCUAGAAGUGCGGGAAAGCCUGGGUGAUGAUGACUCCUGCUGUGUUCCCAGCUGAUUUCCUCCCGAAUGUGUGCCUCAGUGCCCUUUGGGUCUGGCUCAGAGAAAAAUCCAAAACUGAGUUUCGCAAAAAGCAGGCUUUAAUUACCCACUUGAAGGAUGGAGAUGGCUUGGGGUCUUUUCGGUGCCUGCCCUCGCUCUGUUUCAGCAGAGCCUCUGCCUCGGCAUGGACAAGGGGCUCUUCAGGCUUUUGCACAGAACAGCUACGCAGCCAACUCAGAUUAAUGAUUUUAAGUUUUGUCCUUCAAACCAACCUUUUUUAAAAAAACUUGAAUUUCUUUUAUUACUUUUUUAAAACAAAAAAAAUUCUCCUGUGAAUGUGCUAUUUACCGUUCAUUCUUUCUUCUUUCUUGGUUUUGAUUUGAAGCUAUGAAGCUUGGUGUCUGUGAAAAUGUUGUUAUUUCUGUAUUUCUCAGGAUAAUAAGCGGCAAUCAUCCCUGCCACAUAAAAGGCAGGAGAAAGGGGGAAACUUGGGGAACUAGUUUAAGUAUGAAGCUAAUUUUUAAGUUUUAGAUGAUGUGUAAAUCAAGGAUAAUCCAUAAGACAUCAGUGUCAAGCUGCGGUGUUUCUCUGGGUUCUCAGUGUGUUGUUUGCAAUACACAGAAGCUCAGGGAUAAGUAUUUAAAAUGUGACCCAGAGAAACCCUAGUUUUGACGUUGCAGCAGUUGCUUCUUUCAUGACUUGUUUGGAGGACUGUUUAAAAUCUGAAUAAAACCCUCGUAUAGGGAUUUUGGGGAAAAACUUCUAGUGUUGCUUGUGGGGAGCUCUUCUAUUGGAGGAUCAGAUGGCUCUAUAAACGGGUAACGUCCUUAAAAUGCACGUUGCCCGUUUUAGGUUGCCAGACCAUAGUAGGAAGGGGCGUUGCGGACUCGCGUUGUGCUGGUUUUUCUGAGUGGUAAGCUGGGUGCUGAGUCCGCCAGUGCGACUUGCCUGAGCGUGCCCAAGGUGGCCGCGGAUUGCUGCAGACGCCGGAGCAGGACAGAGCUAGAGAGGGAAGUCCAACCAGGACUGUAAAAAUGUCCUGCUAGCUGUGCUGCUGCUUCUCUUUGGCUGCAGUCCCUCUCUGCCUCGCCCUGCAGUGUCCUGUCGUAGUUCCCGUGGGUAUUGCUGAAGUGUCCAAUACCAUCAUUUUGGAAAACUUUGCAUUUCUGCUGAAGGCACGACAGCUCCUACGACUGGGGCAGAUUCAUCUCUAUUUCCGUAUUCAAAGCAGUUUGCAAAUACCUCAUCCUUUUGCCUUGGAUGUUAAACGUAUUAUAUUUAAUGCUUAUGGAAAGGAGGAGAAUCGGUAUUUCUUACCGUGGCAGACUCCCUGACAGCACAGUCACAAUAUUGCUGUAGUCAAUCUGUUACGUACGAAUCACAGAUUUGAAUUUCCAGUCGGUACAACCUUCUCAUCGAAGUUUGGUAGGAUUGUAAAUUCAUUCAAACUGUUUGAGAAAUACACUGGCAGGCAAAAGUAGUUUGCUUACAACUACUAAGAGUAUCCAGAAGAGCUCCGUCCGGACGGUGAGCCGGCCGAGCGCCGAGUCCGGCACUGGGUGAGCACGGCACUGAGCCAGGGUCAGCCAACACUGGCAGGGCUAAAAACGCUUUCUCAGCAGUGUCACGGGCCAGGAUGCGCAAAUGUGAGUUUAAACUAGCCCCUACCAAACGCUAG